GUUGUGUGUUUGGUCGCCGUCGACAUCAACCAGUUUAGUGAAACCGGUGUUGAAAAACAUUUUGCCGUUCGAGUUGGUUUUUUUUCAGCGUCGGGGUUGAUUCCCCGAACGAGCUAGCCUAUGAAGAUGACUUCCCUUCAAGACGGCACCUACCUCGCCCUGAUGGGCUUAGCAGAAGAAUUUCGGACGAUGAAUCCUCCGAAUAUGCGAAACUGUGUCAAGUGCUUGACGGCCAUAUUCCAGUUGAACCCCAUGCCCGUCGUCGAGCUACAGGUUCGAUUCCAUCUUGGUACGAUCCUGACGACAUUCGCUGGCAGCCUCGACCAAGCCCAGGAUCAUCUGGAGAAGGCGUUCUACAUAAUUGUGCAGCGUCAAGUGGAAGACACGAGCGACAUGAAAUUUCACAUAGCGAACAAUUUGGCGGACAUCUACGCGAAGAAAGAUCAGCGGACGAGAGCGACGAGCGUGCUCCAGCAGGCGGUUGACCUCAGUCGGAACAACACGUUCUGGCAUUGUCGGUUCUUGUUCAAACUUGUACAAUUAUACACCAUAGAUAAGCAGUACAUGACGGCGGUCAAUUUGCUGACCGUCGGUGCCGACUACGCUCAGAAGGUGGGCGUGCUGCACACGAGGAUCCUAUUCCUCUUGUCGCAGGCGAUGCUGCUGAUGCUCGAUAAGAAGCUACAGGAAGUUCACCAAGUUCUCAACAACGCCGGGCCCCUGAUCGAAGCGUGGCAGGGCACGCUCCAGCAGAAGGAGGCGUUGAAAAUUUUCUUCCUCGUUUUGCAAGUUUGCUACUAUUUGUCGGCAGGUCAAGUCAAGUCUGUGAAGCCAUUACUGAAACAACUUCAGCAAGGCAUCCAGACUAUCACACAAAUGCCCGGCGACGGAGAGGCCGCAACAGCUGAUCAGAGCUUCCAGUGGCUUCCAAAAGAACACAUGUGCGUUCUCGUGUAUCUCGUUACGGUGUUGCAUUCGAUGCAAGCUGGCUACAUGGACAAGGCUCUCAAGUACACGGACAAAGCCCUCCUGCAAAUCGAGAAACUCAAACUCGUCGAAGCCAACCCGAUCCUGCACUCAUUUCAAAUUCUACUUCUGGAGCACCUCGCAAUGUGUCGCUUGGUAAUGGGCAAGAAAUGCCAUGCGGUGCAGGAGAUCAACCAAGCUGUCCAAAUAUGUCGGCAGGAGCGCUCUCUCGCCAUUUCCCAUGCGCCCCAAAUGCACUGUUUACUGGGGCUGUACGCCAUGUCGAUGAACUGCAUGGAGGCCGCCGAAGCUCAAUUCAACGCCGUGCUGCGAGAGAACGGAACGUCGUCGGAUCUCCGGAUCAUGGCAUCUUUGAAUCUGGCAAUAGUGUAUCUGCGGUCGCGUAAAGAGCAGGAGCUCAACGAUCUCCUCAUUCAGUUGAAUCCUGAAAGCAUACAAACCAACUCACACAGCCUUCGGGCGGCCGCCUAUUACGUUCACGGUCUCAACGCAUUCUUCCAAGCCCGGUACAAUGACGCCAAACGGCAUCUACGAGAGACGUUGAAGAUGGCGAAUGCCGAAGAUCUCAAUCGAUUGACGUCAUGUUCUCUGGUGCUUCUGGGCCACAUAUUCUACUCGAUGGGUAAUUCAAAAGAAUCUCUUAACAUGGUCACUCCAGCUAUGCAACUCGCCGGCAAAAUACCCGAUGUUCACGUGCAGUUGUGGGCGUCUGCUCUGCUCAAGGAUCUGUAUCGCCUCGUCAACCAGCCCAGUCAGGAGCAGGAACACGUGACGACUCACGCAAGCUUCUCGAAUCAACUUCUGCAAGACCACUUCCGAGCUUCUCAAUUAUCCGAGCACACCUUGAUACAAUGGAUUCACGGUGAACCCCCCGUUAUUCAGGUGGCAGUGGCAGCCACCGCCUCCGGAAUUCCUUGAUCACGGUUAACAGUCCCAAUCAACUUUCGAUAGAAGGAAGUUUCUUAUUGAACUCUGUCAAUAUUGAAUUGAAUGGUCAAACCGUUCAUGAGGCUAAGCUGGGGAAUUGCAAGCGAUAUAUCCAUUGAAUAGGAUUGCAGACAGCGAGCGGUCGAUAAAGCAAGCGAGCAAGCAAGCAAGCAACGAAGCCUAUCUAAAGUCGUAUUUAUAUUUCGAGCAUUUGUCAUAGAAUCGAGUAAAAAUCAUGGAAUCAAGAAUAAUUGUAUGUUUUGUAAAUUCGUGAUGCUGUUUAUUAGCAGCUGCCCCUGUAAAAA